AGGGCCCCGACGCCGAGCCCCCCGGGCCGGCCCUGGCCCUCCUGCCCCCCCAGAGGGAGACCUGGACCCGCCAGAUGGACUUCAUCAUGUCCUGCGUGGGCUUCGCCGUCGGGCUGGGCAACGUCUGGCGCUUCCCUUACCUCUGCUACAAGAACGGCGGAGGUGUGUUCCUCAUCCCUUACCUUCUUAUUGCCCUCAUUGGCGGGAUCCCCAUCUUCUUCCUGGAAAUUUCCUUGGGGCAGUUCAUGAAGGCGGGGAGCAUCAACGUGUGGAACAUCGCGCCCAUUUUCAAAGGGCUGGGGUUUGCCUCUAUGGUGAUCGUCUUCUUCUGCAACACCUACUAUAUCAUGGUGCUCGCCUGGGGCUUCUACUACCUGGUGAAGUCUUUUGCGGUCACCCUGCCCUGGGCGACAUGCGGAAACCCCUGGAACUCUCUUGAGUGCGUGGAGAUCUUCCGGCACGGAGACUGCGCCAACGGCACCGGCAACUUGACCUGCGACGAGCUCUCCGACAAGAGGUCCCCCGUGAUCGAAUUCUGGGAGAACGAGGUGCUGCGUCUUUCCAAAGGCCUGGACUUCCCCGGGGCCAUCAACUGGGAAGUGACCCUCUGCCUUCUGGCUUGCUGGGUCCUCGUCUACUUCUGCGUCUGGAAGGGCGUCAAAUCCACGGGCAAGAUCGUCUACUUCACUGCUACAUUCCCUUACGUGGUGCUCAUUAUCCUCCUAAUCCGAGGGGUGAUGCUGCCGGGAGCUCAGGACGGGAUAAUCUACUAUCUCAAACCAGACUGGUCCAAACUGGCCUCACCUCAGGUGUGGAUCGAUGCCGGGACCCAAAUCUUUUUCUCAUAUGCCAUAGGACUGGGGGCUCUCACUGCCUUGGGCAGCUAUAACCGGUUCAACAACAAUUGUUAUAAAGAUGCCAUCAUCCUGGCGUUGAUCAAUAGUGGGACCAGUUUCUUCUCCGGCUUUGUGGUUUUCUCCAUCCUGGGCUUCAUGGCUGCAGAACAAGGUGUUGACAUUGCCAAGGUGGCCGAAUCCGGGCCUGGUCUGGCAUUCAUCGCGUACCCGCGCGCCGUCACCCUGAUGCCAGUGGCCCCUCUCUGGGCUGCCCUCUUCUUCUUCAUGCUGCUGCUCUUGGGCUUGGAUAGCCAGUUUGUGGGCGUCGAAGGCUUUAUCACCGGCAUCCUGGAUUUCUUCCCGGCCGCCUACGCGUUCCGUUUCCAGAGAGAGGUCAUUGUGGCCGUUAGCUGUGCCGUCUGCUUCUUCAUUGAGCUGUCCAUGGUCACUGAGGGGGGCAUGUAUGUCUUCCAGCUGUUUGACUACUACUCGGCAAGCGGCACAACGCUUCUGUGGCAGGCCUUUUGGGAGUGCGUGGCGAUCGCCUGGGUGUACGGCGCUGACCGCUUCAUGGAUGACAUCGCCUGCAUGAUCGGCUACCGGCCCAGCCCGUGGAUGAAAUGGUGCUGGAUGUUCCUGACCCCUCUCAUCUGCCUGGGCAUUUUCCUUUUCAACAUUGCCUACUACAAGCCACUGAUCUACAACAACAGCUACAUCUACCCCUGGUGGGGAGAGGCCAUCGGCUGGGGAUUUGCACUAUCUUCCAUGUUGUGUGUCCCUCUUACUGCCCUCUACAAACUCAUCCGUGCCAAGGGAACGCUGGCAGAGCGUUGGCACCAUCUGACCCAACCCAUCUGGGGACUGCACCAUCUCGAAUACAAGGUGCCCGAAUUGGAUGACGGCGCUCUGACCACCCUGACCCCGGUCUCGGACGGGAGCGCCAAAGUGGUCAUCUUGGAGAGCGUCAUGUGACGCAGCCCUUUGCCCUCCAUACCCCAGCUGGAA